UAAUAAAAUGUGCCAUUAAUAAAGAGGACACGUCUUGAUCCCCUGGCGGAGAUGCAUCCAGAGGUGUAAAGUAAACUCAUGACUGAGAAGGAAAGGUUAUCAUCUUUUAUCAUCUUUUUCUAAUAAUUUGUAUUUUUCACUCAACAGUUCCGCUACAAGAGCAGAGUCUACAGGCAGCCCGAUGUGGACGAGAAACAGAUCGCCAAGCUCCACACAAAGGCCAAUCUGAGGAAGUUCAUGGACCUCAUCCAGCACAAUCAGGUGGACAAAGUGAUGAAGUUGUUGGAGAGAGGCUUCGAUCCCAACUACCAUGACGGGGACACUGGUGAGAGUCCGCUGACGUUCGCCGCUCACCUGGACAACGUGGUGGAGCUGAUCAAGGUGCUGACGAGCGGAGGAGCUCACCUGGACUUCAGAGCCAAAGACGGCAUGACCGCCCUCCACAAAGCCGCUCGCUCCAAGAACCACGUGGCGCUCACGGUAAAGGAGCUUCACGCCCGAGCUUACGUUUGCAACCGGCUUAAAUUUACAAAGUCACGCAAUCUUUUUUCAACAUGA